AUGUCCGAUACCACGGAUACUUAUGUUCCGAAGAGUCAACGAGAUAGUUCAGAUGGCACUAAAUUUAAAGUAGAUCGUAAUAGAGAAAGACUUGAAAUAUCUCGUCGUGAAUAUGCAACUGGAGUCAAGACAACUUCAACCUACAGUAAAGUGGAAACACCAGGAUGGAUGAAAAAAGAGCCAUUGAAGGACUUGAAAUACGAAAAAUAUGGUGCGAGAUCAGAGGCAUCUAAUUUAGCAUCGACAAUAUCAUUAUCAUCUAAUCAAGGAAAGGAAAAAGAGCAGGAUUCAAGACUAAGUAGAUUAAAACGUUCGAGACAAGAAAUGGAAAAACGAUACGAUUAUGAUGAAAAAAGAGAAGAUGAGGAUGAAGAAGAAAAUACUUCGAUACAGCCGUAUUUGAGAUUAGAUGUAGCCAAUCCAUCAACAAUACAAUCAGGAAAAGAUAAUUAUCACACAUUUCAAAGCAAAAUUCAUGACAAAGAAAAUCGAGACAUCAAUAGUAUAGUCAGACAACAUUACAACCAAAGGACGCAACAGUCGAAAAGACAAGGUUCAAGAGUCAACUCACCAAUAUACAAGUUGAGAAAUUUCAAUAAUACGAUCAAAUACAUCUUGCUAUCCAAUUGGGGUAAGUGUGUCAAAGAUGAAUCAACCAAAUCACCCUUGUUUGCUGUAUUGGAUUUAUGCUGUGGGAAAGGAGGUGAUUUAAAUAAAUGUGAAUUUAUUAAGAUUGAUCAAUAUAUCGGGAUAGAUAUCUCAGAUGUUUCAGUUCGUGAAGCUUAUGAUAGAUACUCCAAACAAAAAGCCAGAUUUAAAACUCAUCAUAGAAGCGAAAAUAAAUACAAUUUUGAAGCAUGUUUUGCAACUGGUGAUUGUUUCACUCAAUUUGUUCCUGAGAUGUUAGAGCCAAAUUUUCCUGGUAUAAUAGAAAAAACUUUUCCUGUUGAUUUAGUAUCUAUUCAGUUUGCCCUACAUUAUGCAUUUGAGAAUGAACAAAAAGUCCGAACUUUGCUAACAAACAUCUCACGAUCGUUGAAAACCGGGGGAAGAUUCAUUGGGACAAUUCCUUCGUCUGAUUUCUUUAAAGCUAAAAUUACAAAUAAACAAUUCUAUAGGGAUCAAGAUGGAAAAACUAAAUUUGGUAAUAAUUUAUAUUCGGUUACUUUUGAUAAACCUCCACCUGAAGAUGGGGUGUUUAGACCUCCGUUUGGUAACAGAUAUAUAUACUGGUUAAAAGAUGCGGUGGAUAAUGUUCCAGAAUAUGUUGUACCUUUUGAAACUUUGAGGUCUUUAUGUGAAGAGUUCAACUUAAUUUUGAAAUAUAAAAAGAAUUUUGUUGAUAUUUUCAAUCUGGAAAUUCCACAUUUUUUUAACAAGUUGAAUAAAAAUUUGAUUGACGGUUUGAAAAGAAGUGAUAAUAAAUAUGGUGCGGAAGGAGAUGAGAAAGAAGCCGUUGGAUUUUACGUUGGAUUUGUUUUUGAAAAGAUAUAG